UGCGAAAUCAACUGAUUACACUAGCCACUCCGAAAAUUCACAUUUUCUACAAAACUAUCUGUGAGGGUGCUUCAGUGCGAGGAUGACAAGGAAGAUGAAGAGCUGGUACUGUUUUGCAUCUCAUGCAUUGCUGUUUUGGACUAUCUGGAAUGAAAGCACAGAUGGAUAUGCGAAUUUCUUCUUCUCCCAGAAAGCGAGAUCCUCCAUCACCCUGUAUUUCACUGCUUCAAAUCAUCCAUCAGCAAUAUGCUGUGACCGGAAGAGCUGUCCCCUUUCUUAUUGUAACUCCCAGUUGAUUUUAAUGAAAGAAAAUCAUACCACCUCUCUGAAUUCGAAAUACCAGUUCACUGGUGACCUAGAGAAUGGAGAGGUGUCCUUAACCAUACACAAUGUGAGCUUGGGAGAUAGUGGCAAGUAUUGCUGCCGCUUAGAGUAUGCUGAGCCUUCCAACAACAAACAAGUCAUCAUCGACCUCAACAUUACAGAUGAUCAUGAAGUCGGUUUCACUGAAAGCUACAAAACCACUGGGAGUAAAAUCACGACAUCACAAGCUGAGGAAACCACAGUGACCAUUGAUGGUUACACAGAUAUAGGUGCCAAGGACUCUGAUGAGAAACGAGGAAAUAUUUCUCCAGAAUGCCAGUCUGACUCUGGAUCACAGCAGAAAGCAGCCUCUGUUUUUUGUCACUUGAUGAAUUGGACUAACGCCUUCAACCGGGAGAUACACAACCACAGCUCUCAGGCUGACGUUACAGUGCAGAGGGCCAUGGAAAUAUCACAGCACCUGCUCGGCAAUCGUUCCAUUUGGAAGAGUCUGGACGUUACGGAGCGACGGAAAGUAGCCGACAGCUUCCUGCAGGCGAUGGGAAAUGCUGUCAUCGUGGCCGCUCAACAUAGCCAGAAGAAGGAAAACAUAAAAUUGUCAAAGCCCACUUUAGGUCUUGAAAUAAGUUUCAUUGAAAGGCACAACAUCACUGGGAACAAAACUGUGACAUUAGAAGCCAAAGGAGACACUCUGAAAGUUGACCCCUACACGGUUUUAGGUGACAAAGACUCUGCUACACUCGCCUUUAUCUCCUACAGUACUUUGGACUCCGUCAUCAGUACAGAGGUUGUGGAUGAUGAAAGCAAUGUGUUGAAGAAUCUACAGCCCAGCGAGUUUUAUUCAAGAGUGGUAACUGUGACGAAAGGGAACAAAGGAAUCCAAAAUCUGAGUGGAAAUGUGAGCAUUACUUUCAGCAGAAUUCAAGGGAAACAGGAAGGUGUUGCCCGAGGGGCUAAAGUUUGCGUUGCUUGGAAAUCUUCUGAGGAAGGCGGCAACUGGUCUCCAUCAAGUUGUUUCCUCGUGGCCGUGAAUGCGACUCACACGGAGUGCAGAUGCAGAGUCCUCUCCAGCUUUGCAGUGCUCCUGGCUCUCUAUGAGAUCACGGACGAGCUCCACCUCUCCAUCCUCAGCUGGAUCACCUAUUUUGGAUUGUCUCUAUCCUUGCUGUGCCUCCUGGUGUCAAUUGUGACCUUCUUCUGCUGCCAGGCCAUUCAAAACAUCAAUACCACCAUCAAGGCACAUUUGUGUCUGAGUUUGUUCUUGGCAGAACUGCUAUUCCUGGUAGCAAGCUCCAUCGACAAACACACGGUUUUAUGUGCCAUCGUUGCCGCCGGAUUACACUACUUGUUCUUGGCUGCCUUCUUUUGGAUGUGUCUGGAAGCUGUCCAGCUCUGCCUCAUGGUGCUUAAUCUCAAAGUGGUGAACUUCUCCCGUACCCGUGUCAUUCCCCGGAGACUGAUGUACCCCAUCGGCUACGGGUGCCCGGCGGUGAUCGUGAUCAUGACUGCCGCGAUAAAUGCCAAAGGCUACGGGACCGACCGGAUCUGUUGGUUAAACCUGGAAAGAGGCUUUAUAUGGAGUUUCCUGGGACCUCUGUGCUUCAUCCUUUUGGUGAAUUUCAUUCUGUUGUCAAUAUCACUCUGGAUCCUGAAAGAGAAGAUUUCCAGUCUAAAUGCGGAUGUUUCAACUAUUAAGGAAUCUAGGGUACUUACGUUCAAAGCAAUGGCCCAGUUUAUUCUGCUCGGCUGUUUCUGGGUCUUCGGCUUGUUUCAGUUGAAGGAGGGGACCAUUGUUAUGUCCUACCUGUUCACCAUAUUGAAUGUUCUCCAGGGCGUAUUCAUUUUCUGUGUUUACUGCUUGCUAAACAAACAGAUAAGGAGAGAAUACCACAAGUUGUUGCAGAGAAUUUACUGCCCACAGAAACAAGAAAUGCCACAAUCAAGCUCUUAUACCAUGAAUACAUCCCAUGUCACGAUGCUCAACACGGUGAAUGGACCUGUAACUAAGUCAGAGAUCCCCUGGAUGAACUCACAGACAGAGGAAAAGGCCCAAGAAUCACUGAAAUCUACUGUACAGCUCCAACUGCGUUAAAAAAUUGUGCAAAUCCACCAGAAUCCUUCAGCAUUAACCUUUCUUGGCUUUGAGCUACCUUCUGCCGUCUCUCACUAACAGAUCACUUGCAAAUCAUACUCAUGGAAAGACUCAUGGAAAGUCUCAGCAAAUUUGUGUGUUUAUGUAGCGCCAGUCACAUAGUUAACCUUCCCAGGCUGACUCACGGCAGUAUUAUCAAACCAAAUUUUAGCAACUUGAGGACUCUUUCAACAUUGGAGAGCAAAUUCUUGGUCAACGAGGUAGAGAUAACUCCCUGAAAGUGGCCAUGCAAGACAAUAGGGUGGUAAAGAAGGCGUAAGGCAUGCUUACCUUUAUUGGUCGGGGCUUUGAGUGCAAGAGUCAGGAAAUUAUGUUGCAGCUUUAUAAGACUUUGGGUAGGCCACAUUUGGAGUAUUAUGUUCAUUUCUGGUCACAUAUUACAGGAAGGUUGUAGAUGCUUUGAAGAGGGUGCAGAAGAGGUUUAGCAUGAUGCUGUCCGGAUUGGAGGGUAUGAGGCUACACAGAGAGGUGAGAAAAGCUUGGGUUGUUUUCUCUGGAGCAGCGAAGGUUGAGGGGAGACUUGAUAGAACUCUGGAAAAUUAUGAGCUGCUUAUCCAGGGUUGACGGUCAGAAUCUUUUUCCCAGAGUUGAAAUGUCUAAUAUAAGAAGCUUGAAUUUAAGGUGAGAGGGGGCAAGUUCAAAGGAGAUGUGAGGGCCACUUUUUCUUUACAUAGGGAGUGGGAGGAGUCUGGAACACACUGCCAGGGAUGGUGGUGGAGAGAGGGGUGUUUUGAGGAGCUUUCAGAUAAGCACAUGAAUACACAAGGAAUGGAGGGAUAUGGACCAAGGACAGGCAGAAGGGAUUCGUUUAACGUGGCAUCAUGUUCAACAUAACAUCAUGGGCCAAAGGGCCUGUUCCUAUGUUCUGUGUUUUGAGGUCCAUAGUAAAGGAAUUCAGAGUGGUGGAGAGGUUUAAGGAGGAGAGAUUCAGAGCUGAGGAGCUAGAUGGCUGAAGUAAAGAUCCGGUGUCCAGAUAAAAACCAAAAGAGCUGUGGAAGCUGUAAAUCAGAGACAAAAGUAGAAAUUGCUAGAAAAACUCAGCAGGUCUGGCAGUACCUUUG